CAGGUAUGAACUUAUGGUAUCAACCCCUGUAUGUGAGUAAUGGUCUCACCUUGGGCCACCCCAAUUAAACAAUUUUGGAUCCACCACUGGAGCCUACCCCAGCUGAGUUCAGGCGAGAGGUGGAGUACACCCUGGACUGGUGGAUAAUUAAAAACACUGCAAAUAAAAUAGUAUCCUAUUUAUUUACAAUAACUAGCAUCACUACUUCAGAUGUAAUCACUUCACACACUGUGUCAACCACAUAUAGGUCAUCAUUAUACUGUAUACCCAGCCUGGCUUUCUGGUCAUGUGACUGACUGCCGUUUGAGUCCAGCCCCCCGAACUGAGAAAGAGAGGAAAGGAGAGGAGAGAAGAGGAGGGAGCAUCCCUCACUUCACUUGCAGAGGACGUCCGCACCUGUCGAAUGGACCGUUUGCUUUGGAGGCUGUACAGGUCAUGGGGACGCUUCGAGACCUUCAGUUUGCCUUGCAGCUAAAGAUUGAGGAGCUCCGCCAGAGGGACACCCUAAUAGAUGAGCUAGAGCUGGAGUUGGACACCAAGGAUGAACUCAUUCGCAGACUCCAGGAAGAAUUGGAUCGCUAUAGAGCUUCUGUGGUCCUGCCAGGUCCUUCUGCAGCCGGCGCCGGUACACAUCAUGCUGCCUGUUGUGCUCAAGGUGAUGAUGACUUGCGGGGAGCCAACAGGAAGACAGUAAUUUCUGAGUCCUUCACUCUGGAUUCUGCGACCACCUUUUCCCCGAAAAUCUCUGACAAAAGCCAGGAAUGUCAGGAGUUGAUCCAGGCUGCAUUUUUGAAGAGUGAAUUGUUGAAAAACCUUGACGAAGAUGAAACGAGAGCCGUCACAGCUUGCAUGUACCCCACCGUUGUCCAUCAUGGCUGCUGUGUGAUACAGGAGGGAAGCAGCGGCUCUCAGGCUUAUGUUUUAGAGGAAGGGAGGCUGGACGUGACAAAAGAUGGACAGAAAUUGCUCACAAUUGAACCUGGAGAAGCAUUUGGAGAGGUGGCGCUCCUGUACAACUGCACACAAGUCUACUCCGUCACAGCACAGCUGGACAGCAAGAUUUGGGUUAUUGAUCGCAAGUGUUACCAGACUCUACUCAUGCAACGUGGACACGACAGCCUCGCUCGGACAUCUGAGCUGUUACGCAGUGUUCCCUCCCUGCUGUCCUUACCCAAAGAUGCCAUCAUGAAGAUGUGUGAUCUCAUGGAGGAGGCUCACUACACAGAAGGUGACUACAUCAUUCGACAAGGGGCCUCGGGGGACACCUUUUAUAUCAUUAACAAAGGCCAGGUAAAAGUCACAGAAAAGAAGCCAGGAGAUGAAGAGCAAAUAGUCCUAUCCAGACUGUCAGAGAGGCUGUGGUUUGGAGAAGAAGCUUUGUGGGGAGAGGAUGUGAGGACUGUGAAUGUGAUUGCGGCCAGCGAUGUUGCAUGCCUGCUCAUUGACAGAGAGACCUUCAGAGACAUCAUUGAUGGAAUAGUGUUGGACACUAGUCAUGCGAUGCAACAAAACAUGGGCUGCAAGGACGAGUCGGAGAUCAAGGAUCCUGCCUCCCUCUCAUCUUCCACCUUAGCUGAUUUUCAGAUAAUCGGCACUCUGCGAACAGGAGAGUUUGGUCACAUAGACCUGGUGCAGGUGAAGAGUAACGUCAAGUGUCUUUAUGCCAUGAGGAUCCUCAAGAAGACGCUGAUUAUCCAUAACGGUCUGAGAGAGCGCGUCCUGAAAGAACGAAACAUCCUAAUGGAUUCUCGUUGUCCAUUCCUAGUCAGGUUGCAUAAAACCUUUAGAGAUGCUGAGUGCCUCUAUAUGCUGACCGAGGCUUGUCUCCAUGGUGAUCUUUACAGCCUGCUCAAAGACAAAGGAUUUCUGGACGAGAGCAGCACCAAGUUCUACACCGCUUGCGUCACACAGGCCUUGACCUUUCUUCACAGUCGAAAUGUCGUUUAUAGAGAUGUCAAGCCUGAAAAUGUUGUCGUGGAUGAGCGUGGUUAUGCUAAACUGAUUGGCUCUAGAAGUUUGAAGAAGGUGGAAGUAGGGAAGAAGACGUACACCUUUUGUGGUACUCCAGGCUACAUUGCCCCUGAAGUCAUCUUGAACAAAGGCCACAGUGUAUCAGCAGACUUCUGGUCUUUGGGGGUUUUUGUGUUUGAACUACUGACUGGUGGGCUUCCGUUCAGUGGCGUUGACCCAUUGAGGAUUCUCAGCGAGACCGUGCGUGGCAUUGAUCACAUCGACUUCCCAAAAGCAAUCAGCAAGAGUGCCUCCAUUCUAAUAAAGAAGCUGUGCAGGCGCAAUCCCUCAGAGAGACUCGGCAGUCAGAGAAACGGGGCCAAGGACAUUCAGAAGCACAAAUGGUUUGAAGGAUUCAACUGGGAUGGACUAAGUAGAGGAACGCUAAAUCCACCACUCACCCCCAAAGUUAAACACGUCUUAAACAGCAGCAGUACUUGUGGUCAUUACACCGGAGAUGCAGCGGAGCUGAGCACAACAUGGGAGGAUUUCUGAUGGAUAAACAUCACAGACAAGGCUAUUUUUAGGGUUCAUUAUCAAGAAUAAUUCACUGCCACCACUCCCACUGCCAGGAAAAGGUUAUUAUUACAUUUUAUAUUAUCAGCAGAUACUGUAUAAUUAAACACAUCCCUUGAGCGGAGGUGUUUUUUUUAAUUAAAAAAUAUGCCAAUUUAUGUCAUUACAUUUGGAUGCAAUAAACAGCUCUAUCACAAGGUGAAUGGGAUUUAAUUGAUCAUAUUCAGCAACAAGGACUAAAGACAUCAAGGUUGCAUAUUAGCAAAUCCAUUACUUAAUUUUUAUUCCUAGGUAAAAUGACGCUGUAUUAGUCUCAAUUAUUGUUUUAAAAGAUGCCAAUUAAAUAGAAGUGAGGUCGAUUUCGUGGACAUUUAGAGCUAAGAGA